AAUGAAACCUUUAUGGGAAUCAUCAACAGAAUGGGCUAGUUCUUGUACAAAUAAAGAAACUUGUACGUCCAAAUAUAUUCGGAUAGACUUUUCAAAAUCUUACGAUAUUACUGAAAUAUGCCUAAGUCAAAGAUUCGUUGACUCUAUCUAUCAUAUAGACGUUGCUAUUGUUCAAUUUAGUAAGGGAACAAGUGCUAAAGUAUACUUUGAAAGAGGAAUACCCGAUAGUUGUAUUCUACUCAAUCAUAACGUUGGAAAACAUUCAGAUUGGAUAACAGUUCAAGUUUUACAAGCUUCUACUUAUUUAAACGUAGGAUUAAGUAGUAUUAUAGCCUAUGCAUACGACGAAUCAAUUGAUAAUGGCCAAGAUAAUAAUGAUUUAUACUAUACGAAUGUUGCUAAUAGGUUUAUUGGUGCAACUUGUCAAGCUUCUCAUGAAUACAAUUCUAAAUGGAAAUGCAUUUAUGCUUUAGACUAUUUUCAUAAAAUCAAUAGUCAGCUUUAUGGUUGGGCUGUAUAUUGUCGACAGGGUAAUUGUUACGGUCAUAAUAUACUUGUUACAUUUCCAUAUAAGAUACGACCAAUGAAACUUUGUACCGCAAAUCGCUACGCUAUGCAGCGAACAGCAAAAGGCUUAUCUAUCACUUGGAGUUCCGGAAGCAUUCAGCAACUUGCUUUACCGUAUAGUGGUCGAGUUUGUUUGUAUUACGGAGGAAAGAAUAUAGAAGGUUCUGUAAGAUUAACGUUUACACAAUUCUAUUACAAAUUCGACAAUGGAUUAUCAAUUGUUGAGGUUUUUGCACAAUUAAAACCGAACAGGAAGUUUGGAAUAGAAGCUGAGGAUAGCGCCAACUUUUAUUUACCAAUUAAAUCGACAGCGAUUAGCUUUGGUAUCUUCGAUAAAAGAGAUGAUAUUUACUGUAGGAAUUCUAUUGUAACGCUUCUAAAUGAAGAUGGUGAAAGAGUUCUUACUAUGCGUUUAUCUUCCACAAUCGACAAUCAACAAGUAAUUGUAUUGGAAACGGGCAAUUAUAAAGAUAUUCCUAUUCACAAUGAAAACAGAUGGAAUUAUGGAAGAGUGAUCAGCUUCGAAAAUGAUACGCUUUGCCCGUCUCUUAGCCAUGCUCUUGUUGAUCAUCUGUACGAAACUUGUGCAGUUAUAGGAAGAAGAGAAUUGACUAUUCAAGAGCGUCUUCUCUCUACAAAAUCUUUUAAUAUUUUCAAUCAGUCCAAUCCUACAAUAACUUUAAAACAUCGUCAUACUUUAAAUGACUAUAUUAAUGUCACAUUUCAUUAUGAAAGUGACGAUAUGAUAAAGACCUAUUGUCCAUUAAACGACACUAUGGAAUCUAUUGACCAGUUGAACACUUAUAAAUUUCAAUGUAAUCCAUCUUUUCAAUUUGUUAAGCGAAUAUUUUUUACCAUUCUGAUUGGACGACAAGGCGCUAUACAUGAUAUUGAAUUUUAUUGCGUUAAAGGCAAACUUAAAGUUAUGAAAAGUGUAUUACUUUUUAUCGCUCUCUUCAGUCUUUGUAAUGGAAAACCUUCAUUCCCGUUUCAAAAGAGACAAACUUGCGAUGAUAAAGGUUUAGUUGACAAACUUUUUGAGAUUUGGAGCGGAAAUCCUAAAUUAUUUAGAACUACAGUUCCCCAUUACGAUUUAAUUUCUAUGCAAAUUAUGACUAUAAGACCAAUGGUCGAACAUGUUGUUUGUCAAUUAAUUGAAACGACAUCAGAGAAAGAGUUUAACCAAGUAAUAACAAAUACAUUCGGUAUCGAUGGUUAUACUUUAGCGGUCUACGAGGAGAUCUUUUUUCAAAAUCUUAGGCCUAUGGCGGAAUAUGAAGAAUCUUUAAAGAUUUCAAUAGAUCUAUUUGAAUUCUUAGAGAAACAUUGGAAAGGUAAAUUUCCUAUUGACGCCGAUUUUAUUGAAGUGAAAAGUUUCCUUGAGAAAAUGAAUGAAAAAUACGGAAGUCAUUGGCUAGCCUUACUGGAUCCUACAGGACAAUUCUCAAACUAUUAUACAUUAGCCCUACUUGAGAUAAAGGAAAAGGAGAUUGACGAUUUAGCAAUGUUACUAACCGAAGCGAAAUCUGCCGGCGAAAUAGCAAGACAAUUAGGACUUCCAAAGUACGAAGCGGAAGAGUUCUUCAACGUCCUUACUGGUAUAAUCGUAAGAGGAGAGCCGAUGGAUUGGAGAAGCGCCGUUAAAUUCUGCAGCGAUGCUAUCGAUGUUCUAAAGAUAUUGAAGGAACUUGGACUUUUUAAUAUUUUUUAAAAUCUGAAAGAGAAAGAAAGAGAAAGAAAGAAAGAGAGAGAGAGAGAAGAUAUUCUCUUUUUUUUUUUACUUUAUUUUUCGUCUAAAAAACAGAAAUAAUUUGAUAAAAAACACUUUAUAUGCGUUACGAAAUCUAUCAUGGGCUGCGUAUAAUAUAGGAUUGAGGCUACUAUUUAAGUGGUACAGUGCAGUAGACAUAGUAUAAUAAGAUCUCGGUAAAAUUCGAUUACUAUCAAAGUAAAUACACGUAUAGGGAACGAGACAUACGAAAAGUAUUGACGAAACAAUAAAAAGCAUCUUUGCUAAUUGAAUUUCGUCCUUUUUAUGAAAACGAUGAUUUUGAGUUGAAGAUAUUGUUCUUAGAACAUUCUUUACUGAACGAACAUGAAGAAAUAUAGAGAUAUUGAAGGCAAUAACAACUAAAAUGGGAACAUAGAUACCCAUAGCAACCCAAAUAAAUUCAAUUUUUAAAUGUUCAUCAAAUAAACAUAACGAUCUUGUAGUAUCGUAUUUAAUAUCAACAAGUCCGGCCUGAUGUAAUACUUGAUGACUUUCUCCCAGAAUCCAUACGAGAAUUAUAGCAAGUAUGGUUCCAGUCCUAUUGAAUAUGCGAUAGUAAAGAUGAGGUUUCACUAUACACAACCACCUAAUAUAGGAGUAAAGAAUUAAGAAUUAGCUUCUAUUUAUAGUAUACCCACUGCUAUCGAACCUAUUGAAUGAUAUUAUAGCCAACAUUGACGGACUUGCUAAACAGCAGAAUGCGCAAACCGCUCCAAAUAGAUUACAUAUUUGUUUCCAUGGAUUGUGGAGGAAGAGCUGUUCACCUCUCCAAAACAUUCCAACUAAGGAUGUAAACUGUACUGCAGACGAUAUGCCAAAAUCGAAAAUAGCCAAUUGUACAACUAACAUAUUAGCGGCUGACCACAAAGACUUUUGACUUAGAACGGAAAGUACUAUUAGAAGAUUUCCGAACGUUCCAAAUAUAACUGAAAUCAACUCGGUAAUCCAUGUCAAUACAAGUACAAUAUCUCCUCCGGAUAGCGAUAUAUCUUCCCAACUUGAAGUAAUGUUUAAGUACUUCAUCUUCGAUGGAAACGCUAUAAAGAAAGCGUUUCCUUUAUAAACCAACAAUGUCACCUUUUG